ACAUGACUGGAAGUCAGGCUCUGUGGGAGGACGACUGCGUUCACCACACACUGGAAGUGUUUGAGAGGAGAUUACGCUGCUUUCCUGGUGAUGCCGUCUUAGGUCAGUCUGCGCUUUGCUCCCAGCGUGGACUCUGAUCAGCUCCUGAAGCCACGACGCGCCACCAAAAUGCAGCUGACGGCCGAGGAGAAAGUGGAGCUGGGACUCACAGAGAUGAGGGCUCCGCCAGCGUUGGAGGACUCAGACGGGACCGAUCUGACGGCCGGGACCGAGGAGCCGCCCACGGAGGCUGUGGACCGGGCUGAUCCUGGAGCCGUGGAUCUGGUUUACUCGCUGUCCGACCGGCCGCCCUGGUACCUGUGCGUUCUGCUGGGCUUCCAGCAUUACAUCCUGGCAUUCGGGGGCAUCAUCGCCGUCCCGCUCAUCCUGGCAGAGCCACUCUGCAUAAAGGACAACAACACGGCCAAGAGCCAGCUCAUCUCCACCAUAUUCUUCGUGUCCGGCCUGUGCACGCUGCUGCAGACGUCUGUCGGCACCAGGCUUCCCAUCCUGCAGGGGGGCACCUUCAGCUUCAUCACCCCCACCCUGGCCAUCCUGGCUCUUCCCUCCUGGCAGUGUCCGAAGGCGGCCGUGACGCAGAACGGCACCGGGCCGCUGCGCGCGGAGCAGGCGGACGCCGUGUGGACGUCACGCAUGCGUGAGAUCCAGGGGGCCAUCCUGGUCUCCUCUCUGCUGCAGGUCUUCCUGGGCCUGUCUGGACUGGUGGGACUUCUGCUCAGAUACAUCGGACCCCUGGCCAUCGCUCCCACCAUCAACCUCAUCGGCCUGUCACUGUUCGCUGAGGCUGGAAAGAAGUCUGGGGGCCACUGGGGCAUAGCCGCCCUCACCGUCUGCCUGAUUCUGCUCUUCUCACAGUAUCUCAGCCGAGUGGAGGUGCCGCUGGUUGCGUACAAGGACAAGAAGUGGAAGGUUUUCCAGUAUCCGCUUUUCAAGCUCUUCUCCGCUUUGUUUGGGAUGUGUGGUGCCUGGCUGCUCUGCUUCCUGCUCACCAUCUUUGACGUGCUGCCUUCAAAGUCCAGCGAAUACGGCUUCUUAGCCCGGACUGACAUCAACCAUGACGCAGUCACAAACUCCCCAUGGUUCCACGUUCCUUACCCAGGACAGUGGGGCGCUCCCACCGUGAGCGUGUCCUCGGUGCUGGGCAUGAUGGCGGGAGUGCUGGCGUCCACCAUGGAGUCCAUCGGGGACUACUACGCCUGCGCGCGCCUGUCUGGUGCUCCUCCGCCACCAACUCACGCCAUCAACCGAGGCAUCGCGGUGGAAGGCGUGGGCUGCAUCCUGGCUGCGCUGUGGGGAACGGGGAACGGCACCACCUCCUACAGCCAGAACAUCGCUGCACUGGGCAUCACUAAGGUUGGCAGCAGACUGGUCCUGCAGGCGACCGGCGUUCUCAUGAUCGUCCUGGGGAUCUUUGGGAAGUUCGGAGCGGUUUUCAUCACCAUCCCAGACCCGGUCAUCGGAGGAAUGUUCCUUGUUAUGUUUGGAAUGAUUGCAGCAGUGGGGAUAUCGAAUCUACAGUAUGUGGACCUGAACUCCUCACGCAACCUCCUCAUUCUCGGCUUCUCCACCUUCAGCGGCCUCGUCCUGCCCACGUGGUUCCACUCCAACCCGGGCGUCAUCGACACAGGAAUAAAAGAGUUGGAUCAAAUCAUCCUAGUGCUCUUCACCACACACAUGUUCAUCGGCGGCUUCUUUGGCUUCGUCCUGGAUAACACCAUUCCAGGCACUGACAAAGAGCGAGGCAUUGCGAGCUGGCGGCACCAAGUGCCGGAGGAAAUCAGGAACGCGUGUGACCAGUCGUGCUACGAAAUCCCCUUCUGCAGCGGCGUUCUGCAGCGCUUCCCGUGUUUCCAGCACCUGCCCUUCCUCCCGUCCUACAGCAUUCAUCAGGACGCAUCCACCAAUCAAGGGCCUGCGUUUCCAGGGCAGCCCGGACGCUGAGCGUUUUAUUAUUAUAGUCACACGUUAGUUAGUGAGUUUGAAAUGAAAAGAAGUCAAACUGUGAAACUGCAUUAAAAAGGCAGCAUAUGCACCUUAUCUCACCUCACCUUAAUUAAUGCUAUUCCAAACCCGAGAGAUGAUAAAGGUUCUCGGUGGAUACGGCCUCAUGUUGAAAAAUUUAAAUUUUUGAUUAGCCUAUUUUUAACAAUUGUAAGAUCCUUGCUGUGUAUUGAUUUUAAAGAAUUGGUCUUUGAAAGAAUUAAUUUUUAACUAUAUUGUGAACUUCAUAAAUACAUUCUCACUGAUCUGAAAAUCUGCUUUUGAUUAAAUGUGUCAUUUCUGAGCAUUUAA